UCUGUAUGGGUGGUUGCCUACAUUUGAAAAUUGAAAUCGGCCUACAAUAAGUGUUGGGGUCGCCAGGAUCGCUAAUGCCGAGUCUAUCCGAAUGAGGAAUUAAUUUGCCGAGAAGGGCCGAAGAAUCAAAGCCGUUGCGUUGAUUGCAAGUGUGCAAGAUCACUUUGCGACAGGCUUAAUUUUUGUGCAGCAGUUAAGAUGCCGCGUGGGCCGGCGAGGUCGUGUUGGUUUUAUUUGUUUUUGGCUUUGUAAAUUUGUUCUUAUUAUAAUUCAAUAAUAAGCGAAGGAAAGAAGCACAAAAUGUCGCAGGUCUAUGAAAGUAAUUUUUUGCCAAAUAAUUUACUCAUGUUCAAGGCGGCGAUUUCGAAGAGCUUUGAGGAUAUUUCCAAAUGCGUGAGUGAAGAGAAAUUUUUGGAAAUUUUAACAAUAUUAGAAUCAAAGCCAGGAGUUGUAAAAAGAUUACACAAAGUUAUGGAAAAUAAUUUAUUUAAUACUUUGCAAAUGGAUCUAGAAGUAUUAGUAAAAGAAGAAUGUAUGGUAGAGGGGAUGAACAAAUUGAGUCAUUUAAUAGAAGAAACAAUAAUACCUCUAAACGUUAAAGUGUGGAGACCACCAGGAGAUGUUAAUCUUCAUUUACGGUCAUUAGAUGCAGAUAAAAUUAAAAAAGAAUGUGAAAGUUUAGAAGUACAUAUCAAUAAACUAGAAAAGGAAAAUGAGGAAUUGAUGAAUAAAAUUGCUGAAAGAAGAGGAAAUAUACAAUCUAUUCAACAAAAUAUGAAGCAAUUAUUAAACAUGCCAUUUAAAAUAUCUGAAUUGGAAAAUACUUAUAAAUUUAAUCAAGAAUGCAUUGAAAAAUUAAACAACACAUAAUACCAUGGAACAAAAUUACAAGAUUAUAAUGAAUAAUAUUUAAAUAAGAAUCGAUGUGAUAUGCUA